AUGGCGCAUCGAUUACUAGCGCAGAUAGUGAUUACUGGCGGACGAGUCUUUGGCAGAGCCUUCACAGAGGCAUAUAAACAAGCACAAGCAUCAUCAGCGUACGCCCGAGCAGCAGCAAAGAAUGACCCUGGCGCGGUACGGACUGCUGGCGCAUCUGGCCUGACGCUCGACGAGGCCUGUAAAAUCCUAAAUGUCAAACCACCGCAAGGAGGCCAAACCAAUAUGGAGAGCGUCAUGGAACGAUUCAAGAAGCUCUACGACAUCAACGAUCCUCAAAAAGGAGGCAGUUUUUACUUGCAGUCCAAGAUAUUACGCGCUCGUGAAAGGAUAGAAGCCGAAGUACGAGACGCUGCAAGGAAGGCUCAGAUGGAGAAAGAGUUGAGUGAAGGUUGGAAACCAAAAAUGUACAAAGAAUAA